UAAAGCAAUUAAGCAGCAUUGAAACCAUACAGUAAAUUGGAAGUAACAUUAACAAAAAUUAUGUCAGACAAAAGAUUAAUAUUCUUACUGCAUAAAGAACUCAUGCAAAUUGAUAACAAUUCUUCAGACAGUGUCUUCAGACAGUGCUCUGAAGAGGAACCACAAAUCACCAACAUAUAUUUCGAAACCAUGAUUAGAUUCAGUCACAAAACGUUAACUUAAAACAAAAUGCCAUGGUCAUCUGACAAUUGGCCAAAAAAAAAAUAUUUUAAAUGGCACUAUCUAAUUGGGACAAGAGGGAAAUGAGACUGAUGCCCUUGUACACUUGUGAAUCAACAAUUAGGCAGUACAAUCAAAACAUGGAUACACCUUAAUCCAGUACUGCCACCUCUGGCAAUCUGUCAUGUCAGCAGCCUGAAUAGCUGAUUGUACUUGCCCUGCCUGUCACCCCUCAUUCUAGAUUUCAAUUUUUGCCUGAUAGCUGCCUUCCCUGCUGGGCUGUAAGCUUGAUGCGAAGGGAUGUCUGUUUUCUUCACAGCUGGACUUGGCAUAGAAUAGGAACCUAGUGUUAGUUCAGAGUGAAAUUUAGGCACAACAAAAAAGGGAAGAGCUUGAUUGUCUAACAAUGAGAAUGGUUAAGUAAAUAAAUUUUCAAACACACAUACAAGAGAAAGAAUUAAAAUGAUGCAUAUAAAAGUUUCUAAUAGAAUGGCGAAUUGUUCACAGUUUGAUAUUAAGGGGAAAAAAGAAUACAAAAUUGAUAUACAGUAUGAUUUCAACAUGUAAACACAGAAAAGAAAAACAACUAAAUCUAUCAUUUAAGAUAUACCAUUAUUAUACCAUUAUUUUUACAUGCCACUAAGAAUGAAAAAUGCCCAUGAUGGGGAGUCUAAUAUGAUACCCCCUACACAACUUUGCCAAGUAAACCUCCCACGCAGAGAGGGCCAGGCAAGGAAGACUGCUUGUCUCAACUUUGUCAUCGGGUGCAGAGAAGAAAAAAAAUCUCACCUAGGAAUUAAAAGGCAGGGCUCGCACUAGCUUGUAUUUUGAAUUCACACUACCAGCAUGGUCCAAAGAACCUCCAGCGGAGAAUUUAACUCAGAGUAGUCUCUGGUUGGUGGUCCUCCAGAUGGCUGACAAAAGCAAACACAAAUCUCCCCUGUGAGACCCGGACCUCAGUGGAGCCGGCAGCAGUUAUAAGUCGCCAUAGCAAUCCUAACAAGUGAGAAAUUUUGCAUCCUAGAACUGAUGAGAUAGGAUAAGCAAAAUCUUUGCAGGGGCCAAUCCAGCAGUGAGAUGAUAGAUCAAAAAUACUUGUAUAUAAUGUAUUUUAUGUACAUUGUAUUUUUAUUGUAGAGAUAUUUAUAUAGUGUAGGUAUAUUUUAUAUGUUUUACAUAAUGUAGAUAUAUUAUUUGUAAAAGUGAAAUAAUUUUAUUUUAAAAUUAGAACAUAUGGGAUUCUAGGGGAACUCAUUAAAAAAUUUAACAUUAUCCGAGGGUCUCUGAAUGUGACCGACCUUCAUUUCUUAUUGCCCUUAACACUAGUUUCCCACCAGAUCUAUUCUAAUAGCUAAGUUCAAUUAAUUGCCUCCCUAUCCUCUCAUGAAAUUCAGUAGACACAGAGAUGAUGAAUCUGAUGGUCAGGUACAGGGCCUCUCUCAGUCUGUGAAUGUGUGUCAAGCGGAGUGUCAUCAGCGUCAUUAACAUUUUUGAACACCCACUAUGUGCAAGAUACCAGGUUAAGCCUGGCAGGAGGGGGGCCAGUUGUGCAGAGGUUUAAAUCUCUACUUUCAUUCAUUUGCUUAGUUGACAAAUAUUUGUUGAGCACCCGUUACGCAAGGCACUAGGGUCUGAAGAUUGACCUAUGGCUGCUGAGCUAGAACACAUGCUUAAAUGAAGAUUGGAAAAGGUGCUAGGUUUAGGGUUUGGACAUUUUGGUCUUCUGUUUAUACAGAAAAUCGACUGGGAUGGAGAUUAUGAGUUUAUUUCUUCAUAUAUAUAUAUAUACAGCUUGAGGGUAUUAAACUAGGGGAUUCGGGGCUGGGGGGGGCGGCUCACACAAAAGAUCAGGAAAAGGAAGUCCCUUGGAAAAAAAGGAAAGUCAGACUGAAGCUGAUGGCUUUGGAAAUGGAUUAAGGAUUUCUUAUGAAUUCCCCAUUUUAUAUUUAGAAGUAACAUUUUGAAUGCCUCACCCCUUGGGGUAAAUCUGGUGGUUAAGUAAUCAGAGGAGGUGGGAUAAAGAAAUAGGAAUAGCCACUAAAAUAAUGAGAAAGCAUGAGGUGAGGAGAGAGACUUGUUCAGAUACCCAAUUCCUCCAAAGUUCAGGAAGGCCUGGGGUUUGCCUGCCCUCAGAAGGACGCUAGGUGUUACCCGGAGGGUGUUGAUGAAGAGUGACAUCUGUGUACCAGACACGCAAUGACAAGAUGAUUUAACCCUCCUUCCCAAGGAGAUCAUCAAUGACUGCCCAAGGCUGCUGCUUCCAGGCAAAAAUCUAUGACACAACAAUAAAAGAAUCUAUGCAGCAUUUUACCCUCAAGAAUGGAGACUGCUUUCUUCUUGGCUAUAUUUAUCAACCUCUCCCCCACCCCCCAAGGGCAAGUUAGUGACCGUCGUCCACCACUCUCUGUAGAGACUAAGUCACUGAAAUGGAUGGGGAGCCCCAAGCAGGGUCCAGGAAGGCCAGGGCCAGGCACUAUCCAGCACAUUCAAGGCACACCGACUGGGUGAUAUACACACAACUACUCCAGGCCGGACACCAAAGCCCAUAGCUUCAGCGGAUCAGGCCACGUCCCAAGCGCAAACAACGCGGGCAGCCGGGGCUCCCGCUUCUGCUUCACUCCCAGCACGGCGGGAGCUCUGAACACACAUCCAGGGUUAUGUAACACCUAUCUGUCACGGUCCAUAUGACCAGGGGACUUUCAAAAUCAUGGUGGCGUGUAACAGUUCACGGUGGUACAGUCAUCCCACGGAAUCCUAGGAAACAUGGUGGAAUGGUGCUUACCUCAAGAUAUUGACCUUGAAGGCGUUGAGUUCAAGUCUAUGGCCAGUGGGUCCCAUAAAAUUCAGUCUGAUUUCAUCCACGCUACACAUUGGGUCUAUUUUAGCUAUUUCCGAAAGGGGCCCUUCUUUGGCCUGGCCUGCUUCGCCAACAUGCCUGUGGAAAGCGAGCUGGAGCGUGGCGCCCGGAUGAAAUCCGUGGGCAUCCUCUCUCCAUCCUACACCCUGCUGUACCGGUACAUGCACUUCCUGGAGAACCAAGUCCGACACCAGCUGGAGAUGCCGGGACAUUACUCUCAUCUGGCAGCAUUCUACGAGGACAAGAAGGGGGUGCUCCACGCCGGUCCGGGGAGCGGUGGCAGCCUGCCCCCUGUCUACUGGCUGCCUUCUAUCCACCGAUACAUGUACCCCGAGAUGAAGAUCACACACCCAGCUGGCUGCAUGUCUCAGUUUAUUAAGUUCUUUGGGGAGCAGAUCCUCAUCCUUUGGAAAUUUGCCUUACUUCGAAAGCGCAUUUUGAUAUUUUCUCCCCCUCCAGUGGGCGUCGUAUGCUAUAGAGUGUACUGCUGCUGCUGCCUGGCCAACGUCUCCCUGCCGGGCAUCGGGGGCACCGUUCCCGAGUCCAAGCCUUUCUUCUACGUGAACGUGGCUGACAUCCAGAGCCUGGAGGUGGAAGUGUCCUACGUGGCCUGCACCACCGAGAAGAUUUUUGAGGAGAAGCGGGAGCUGUACGACGUCUACGUGGACAACCAGAAUGUGAAGACGCACCACGACCACCUGCAGCCGCUGCUGAAGAUCAACAGUGCCGACCGGGAGAAGUACCGGCGGCUCAACGAGCAGAGGCAGAUGCUGUUGUAUUCCCAGGAGGUAGAAGAAGAUUAUAACCCUUGUGAAGAGGACCUCUUUGUGCUGUUUUUCCUAGAGCAAAACAAUCGGAUAUUUCAGACUUUGCUGGAGGUGUCCGCCAGUCAAGACAAAACUCUGACAGCUGAGCAUGCCCGGGGCAUGGGUCUAGACCCCCAAGGAGACCGGAGCUUUCUUAUGGACCUGCUGGAGGCCUACGGCAUCGAUGUCAUGUUGGUCAUUGACAACCCCUGUUGCCCAUAGGAAGGAUGAGUUCACCCAGGCCCCAGAUGGCCUGAUUUUUAAUUAAGUUGACACAAAGGAACACUGUUUAUACUUCCAACAAAUGUAACUUUUGCAUCUCCUUCCCUCCCUCCCAAGAGGUAAGAUGAGAGCACCUUGGUUUUGUAGGUCGUUGGAAGCUACCACCUUCAGAGCUGCCGCCGGUGUGGUCUUAGGAGUUAUCAGAGCAGAUGCUCUCAUUGCCUUGUUGAGGGACUUGAGGAGAUGGGGCGAAGACCGCAUAUCACCAGGAGCGGGCCAAGCUCUGGAAACGUGGGGCUGGGCUGCUGAGAAAGUCUGUCCGGUCUUUGUCGCUUGACAUAUCAAGAAUAAGAGAACUCUCCAGUGUGGCGUUGGAUGUCCACCUGCCCGAAGCAGAAGCUAGACCAGGUCGCUUUUCAAGGUUAUUUUAAUCAGUUCUGGAAGUCUAGUCUUGGGAUCAAAUCCCUUUUCCUGUUUAUUAGAGUAAAUCUGUGUUUUCUCUGUUCACGUAGGUAAGAGACUUCAAAGAGGGACAAAGGAUGUUUCUGUCACCAAGUAUGAGCUUCUCUAAGGACAGAUGACUGGGAGAGGUUGCUUCUCAGUCACCUGAGAACUAAAAUUUUAGAAUGAAGCCUUGAAACCUUUCUCUGAGUGAGUUAAUGGUGGCCACUCCACGUAAUAGUCCUUUUUCUCUGAAUCCCCUCCUCUUGGGACGGGCUGGCAGAUUCCUUCAGGCCGAUGUUAACAAGAGUGUGUACCAGUUUGGAGCCCUCGUAAACAAACUUCUCUUUAGCAGAGACGACAUUUGUCGAGCUAAGUAAUUGGGACCAGAGAUGUACAGGUUUGUUAGCGAGCAAACGUGGCAGUCCCUCCACCCAGGAAAGUAGUUGGGAACCCUGAGUGUGAGCGAUGAGCUCCUCUGCUUUGCUCUGGAACGUUCUGACCUGGGACAGCUCCUGUCGGCCCUGCCUGUUCUCUUUGGCUGGGGCGUUCAGUGGAUGCCAGCUUAGGUGAGACAGCCACAGUUUGUUAGCCAGAGAAGCUAGCUCCUGGAGUAGCGUUUAGGCCUUUUGGGUCUGUUUAGGAUUUUGACUUGGGAUCCUGGGUUGUUGGUGACAAAUAACUUCUUGCCCCUCACCAUUCCUGCCUGGCUCUGUUAUUGGAAAAACCAUCAGUAUAUCCAUGUCUGGGACCAAGUUCCAGCCAGGCAAAUGUACACAGCAGAGAGAAAAAACUUCCAAUUAGAUGGAUCACAUGUCUUAUCUCAAGACUAGCUUUAUAGGGCUUAUUGCUUUAUUUAAAAAUAUUUUCACUGUAGCUCCUUGACAUGGAAUUCAAGACUAAAGAAAUUCACAUGUGGAAAUGCAAACAGACAUUGAUUAAUCAAGGUAGCAUCUUUUAUGUAAGUAUAUAAAUAAGUUUGGGCAUUGAAUUGUAAACUGUACGUUUUUCUCCUCUGUGGGUUUAGCCUUCAUUUCAGUAAUACAUAUGUUUACAAAAGAAAAAAAGACUCUGUGUUUAGAAGCUGAAGCUUCACUGCCUUUUUCCUGGAAGAGUGACUGUCUCCUCUUGCCCCUGGAGAAGAAGCGGCCUUUCUAACUUGGGUCAAGUUAUGGUUACUUUUAUACUUUUAGUGGUAUCUGAAGGUUCAAGGCUUUCUAAGUUGGGGGUGGGUGGUCAGAAGUAGGGGUGGGUGUAAAAGGGAAGGUCAGAUUCUCGUGGAGGACACAGGCAGACCCUCUUUCUGUGCAACUGGGGAAUUUGUUGGGAGAAUACUCUUUUAAGCACUUCUGCCCCAGAGGCCUUCUGCGUGUGAACGCUUUUGUUUUUGUGGUAUUGUAACUCCAAGCUCAGACGUGCUGAUGUAAAGGUAGUAGGAUGAAGAUGAGAUUCCUGUAUUUCCCUUUGAAUGGUGGGCCCAGGCUUCUGUGCUCCUUUUAGCUCCCUGCCGUCCUAGGCAGCUGUCCAUCUGGCAUCUCUGUGUGUCCCCCCGAUGCUCACGCAGAGGUCUGGGCUGGGGGUGGUCCUGGGAGGGGUGCACCCAUGAGGCAGUGCCACUAUGAGGUCAUACGCACCCUGGGCUCGGCUGACCUUGAAGAGGAAACCCAAGAAUCGGUUCUUCCCUGCAUUGCCAGCUUC